CACUGCGUCCUCGUCGCGGACUAUAAAAGAGACGACAGGAACGCGGAGACGAGGGGAGAAAAAAGAGCCAGCGAUCAAGAAAGGAGGAGAGGAAGGAUGGUCCAAGGGACGCUGGAGGUGCUUCUCGUCGGGGCGAAAGGUCUCGACGACACCGAUUUCCUCAGCAAAAUGGAUCCUUAUGCUAUCCUCAUAUGCCGUACACAGGAGCAGAGAAGCAGUAUUGCAUCAGGUGCUGGAAGUGAUCCUGAAUGGAAUGAGACCUUUGUAUUCACUCUCACUGACCAUGUUUCAGAGCUCACUAUCAAGCUUAUGGACAGUGAUUCUGUUUCAAAUGAUGAUUAUGUGGGAGAAGCAAAGAUUCCUCUUGAAUCUCUGUUUACGGAAGGAAGCCUUCCACCAACUGUUUAUAAUGUGGUCAAGGAUCAGGAAUAUCGUGGAGAAAUCAAAGUCGGUCUCACCUUCACUCCAACGGAGAGCUGUUGUCGGCACGGCUGCUCCGGAGAAGAAAAUUAUGGUGGAUGGAGAGAAUCAUCCUAAGAGGAAUUCAGAACAUAUAAUCUGUUUCCGUGAAAGUUCAUCUUUGUCUUCAAGCAAGAAAGAAAGUUGGAUGAUUUACUCCAAUAUGAUGAACCUUUUUUAACCUAUGCAACCCAAAAUUUUCUUGGAAGUAUGUUUAUUUUGCUAUUAAUAGUGGCUUGAUCCUUUCCUUGAAUCGUAGAUUGUCAGCCUUGGUUCCAUGUAGUGCAACGGCUCAUGUGCCUACUUUAUGUUGCUACUGCCUGCACUCGUAUCGUUUUUGUUUGUUAGUCUCAAAUGGCACUUGAGUAGCUGAUAUGUGCUGGGGUGAAACCGGAUAGCAUAUCAGUAUGUUUAUAUU